AUGGCUGGUCUUUGUUGCACUGCACUCGCUGCUGUCCUGGGCAGCGAGACGUUUUCCCAGGGAAGCACAGCGUACACCUCGUCUCUGUCUUCGUACUGGUCGCUGCAAGAGACCGAGCUGCUGCCCUCCUGUAUUGUCCAGCCAACCACGGCCGAGCAUGUGUCUCUAGCAGUCAAGACACUGGCUUCCAACAACUGCUCAUUUGCUGUCCGCUCUGGCGGCCACAGUCCCAAUGCAGGCGCCGCCAACAUCGCGGCCGGCCUGACGAUCGAUCUGACUCAUCUCGACACCGUCACUGUCAGCAGCGACCAGUCGACCGUUUCUGUCGGUCCAGCUGCAACAUGGGGCGCCGUGUACUCAACUCUUGACCCCCUGAAUCUCACCGUGGCAGGCGGCCGUUCCGGGGGUGUCGGUGUCGGAGGUCUGACCCUGGGAGGUGGAAUAUCUUUUCACUCGCCACGGGUCGGCUUCACAGCCGACACUGUCACCAAUUUCCAGGUUGUACUUGCUGAUGGCCGCAUCGUGGACUCGAAGGACGACACGGACCUCGACUGGUCAUUGCGCGGCGGUUCGAACAACUUCGGGGUCGUCACCCGUGUUGAUCUCGCUUCAAUCCAGCAGGGUCUGAUAUGGGGUGGCAACAGGUACUCUCUCAUUGACACCAUCGACGCGCAGCUGCAAGCUUUCGCCGACAUCAGCAACCCGACCACAUACGAUGAGUAUGCGUCACUGAUCAUGACACUUGCCUACGACAGCGCGUCAGGGAUGCAGCUCGUCGUCAACGCCAUCGAGUACACGAAGCCCGAGGCCAACCCACCUGUGUAUCAGCCCUUGAUGGAUAUCCCUGCCAUCGCAAGCACCAUGCGCAUAGACAGCAUGGCGAGCAUAUCUAACGAGCUGGCGCAAUCAUCGCCCAACGGAGAGCGGGUCUUCUACAUGACCGUCACGCACGGGAACAGCCUGGAAAUGCUGAAGGCCGUGCACGAGGCCUGGAGCAACAGCGUCACGAGCAUCAAGGGCGUGGCCGGCGUAACCUGGUCACUCUCGCUCGAGCCGCUGCCGCCAGCUAUCUACGAGCGCCACCAGUACGAGAACGCACUCGGUCUCACUGACCGUGGCGGAAAGGGCCUCGUCGUCACGCUGCUCACGGCCUUGUGGACCAACGCGGCUGAUGAUGCGACCGUUGAGACCGCAGGGGAGACGCUCUUCGAAGACAUCAAGAGUGCGGCUCAGGGUCUUGGCGAGUACGACCCGUACCUAUACCUGAACUAUGCGAACACUGGAAGCUGGCAGGGUAGUCCAAUUGAUUCGUACGGCUUUGGAAGUGCGGCGAGACUGAGGCAGACAAGUGCGAAGGUAGACCCCUCGGGGGUCUUCCAAAAGAAGGUUCCCGGAGGCUUCAAGCUUAGUUAG